AUGGCUCCUUUACGGCACCAUCAUCAUACCAAUGGCUGGUCUUACCACCAAGUAGCGGCAGCUUCGUUCCUAAAGACAUUUCUGCGCACUUUCACGACCCUGCGUAUCAAAUGGCCAAUAUCACUUAAGCCACAUCAUGAAUCCACCCGGUUCGUGGUCAUAAAUCCCGCACCCACAGACCUCUACACGGGCGUCGCAACAGACGCGGACAUUCAACCCGCCCAAAUCGGAGGCACGUGGUAUCCCGAACCCUACAACACUCCUCCGGCUUCUUCGUCCUCUUCAUCCACUCCUACUUCUCAAACCUUUUCGCUCGACGAAGACCCAAAACGCGGACACGUCAUCCUCCACUUCCACGGAGGAUCCUACGUCCUCGGCGACGGCCGCACCUCAUCAUGCGGGUUUCUCGCCAAAACCUUCCUCGAAAACACGCCCGCCUCACACGUCCUCUGUCCACAGUACCGACUCGCCACGCACCAGGGCGGCCGAUUUCCCGCGCAACUCCAAGACGCAAUCACCUCGUACAUGUAUCUGAUUCGGGACUUGCAGAUCCCUGCGUCCCGGAUCGUGCUGAGUGGUGAUAGUUCGGGCGCGCAUCUCGCGUUGGCGCUGUUAAGGUAUAUUGUCGACCAUGGGUUUGAGUUCGCGUCGAAAGAUGAAUAUCUGGGUAAGGGCAGUGGCAGUAACACCGGGUCGUGCCUUGAUAUUCCCACACCGAAAUGCGCGUGGGCUUGGUCGCCUUGGUGUGAUGUCCCUGCGGCUGUGGAUACGCGGGCAUGGACGCGGAGUGAGAAUUACAAGACGGAGUAUAUCCCCGGUUCGUUCCCUGCGUGGGGAGCGAAACGGUUCCUUGGGGAUCUGGAGAUCACGGAGGAGAGGGAGAGGUAUCUGGCUCCGUUGAAGUGGCCGUUUCGGGUCCCUUGUCCGGUCCUCGUGGGGACUGGGAAUCGGGAGGUUUUGUAUCGUGAGCAUGUGCGGUUAGCAGAGAUGUUGAGGGAGCAGGGAGUUGGGGAUAGGGAUCCGCCGGUGGAAAUCGUGGUCGCGGAAAAAGUGCCGCAUGAUGUUUUUAUGAUUGGUUGGAUUAUGGAUUUCAAAGAAGAGGCGAGAGAUUGUGCGAGAAGGGCAGAGGAGUUUGUGAAUGGGAUAGGGGGUGAUGGUCAUGGUUUAUGGAGGUUAUGA